ACAGAGGGAGGGUGCAGUAUUGACUCUACUUAAAUAAGAGAUCACACAGACGUGGAGGGAAUGAGAGGCAAUAACGUAUUAUACGCGAUUGGAAGCAAUGGGUAAAUAUACAUACAUGGAUAGAUUGUCGGUGUUUCGCCUCCUUGGUCCACAGUGAGAACAUGCACACAGAUGCCUGUUUUCUCUUCGCCAUCGAGACCUUGGUUCGGUUAGUCCGUUUUUCUUCGUUCAUUUGCUGGAUCUCUUUGCCUGGUUGGUGAGGAGUACAUUAUGAAGUUCAAGCCGAACCAGACCAGGACAUAUGAUGGCGAGGGCUUCAAGAAGCGGGCGGCAUGCCUGUGCUUCAAGAACGAUCGUGAAGAAGAGGUGUUGCUGGUGAGCAGCAGUCGACACCCAGAUCAGUGGAUCGUCCCUGGUGGGGGCAUGGAGCCCGAGGAGGAGCCUUGUGGUGCUGCAGUCAGAGAGGUGUUUGAAGAGGCUGGAGUGAAAGGCCAGCUGGGACGUUUGCUUGGUGUGUUUGAGCAGAACCAAGACAGAAAGCAUCGAACGUACGUUUACGUGUUGACCGUGACAGAGACAUUGGAAGCUUGGGAGGACUCGGUUAACAUAGGUCGUAAACGGGAGUGGUUCAUGGUGGACGAGGCUAUCAGAGUCCUACAGCACCACAAGCCAGACCACGCUGAGUACCUGAGGAGGCUUCAACUCAGCUGCUCCCCAACUAAUGGGAACAACAUGCUCCCUAGCAUGGCCCCCAAUGACAACUUCCCCCGUUACAGUCCUCCUGCCACAGGGCCUGUUUUGGGCCCCUCACACAGAUAAGACUCCACUUACCCUCUCCCAUGCUCAUGAAUAAUCUUCUACAUGUACAGGUACACUGAAAACUGACAUUUUGCAUGAAUAUUAGAAUUCUUGGAGUCCGGGCUCACGCUACAUGUAUGAAAAUGACUGUAUACUUGGGCAGACCAAAGCCGUUGCUGGAACUGUGUGUGGACAAUUCCGUUACUGUAAGGAAUGCCCUACAGCACUUUGAAGAAUGUUCUAUAACGUCGGUUUGAUUAUUUUCUCCCGUUAUUAAGAAAAUCACACAACUCGACUGCCACAGAUAGAGAGUCAUUGGCUGACAAACAGAGGGAAAAUGUGGAUGUCACCGGACCUCACUGGAGCUUGCGCUGUCUUGACAAAAAAAGAGAUGCUACCUCAGUUGGACGAGCACUGGAAGGAUGUCCCAGAUUCUCUUCGGCUGGUGAUUAACCUUUCACCCUUAACCUAUACAAACUAGCAGAAAAUGUGGCUGUUUAUCCACUUCAAAUAGUACCAUAAUGUGUGCACUAAAAGAACCCAAGUGUUCUUUUUGAUGUCCAUCACCUCAGUAAUUAGUGCCCCUAUUUUAAGUGUGUUUUGAAUCAACAAAAGGUUGUUUGGGGAGUUAAAAUGUUUAUGGAGCAUUUCAUGUUGAAUUGCCUUUUAUUGUGUUGCCUUGUCUUUGUGUUUCUUUAUUUUCCCUCAUCCAUCAUGGUAAUGAAUAAUAGCAAUUUAAUAGCAAGUCUUUAAAUUCAACCCUGUAUGAUCUAAAUCAGUCCCACAGUUGACAAAUGAUGUCCUGUCAAUACUGGCAAACCUUCCUCAAAAACACUUGUGUGUCUUGUCUGACGGCGCUGAAGGACUCACUCACAGAACGUUUUGUAAAUACUUUGCUGCAGAAAAGUGUGUAAUUGUAAUGUGACUGGUUUUAACAGAAAUGCAAUCAUAUUAACCUUUUUCACUUUUAGGGGGAUUUUUCUAACAAUGUAAAAAAAAAAAAAGAUAUAUAUACUGUUGUAAAUAGAUGAUGUAUAGAAAGGUGCUGUGCCGGGUGUGACCGUAAUUUGCCUCCUUUUAGCCUCCAUCUAAGGACAGAGAUGAGGUUAAAUAGAAACAGAAAUGUGAGUGGUUAUAUGAAAGAGGAGGAGGGGAAGGGAUGGAAAUCAUUGCUGUUUGUGUUGGAAAGACGGUAAAAUGGCACAGUUUGGGUUAUUAUGAAAUAGUCCUUACCAUGGACUUGGAUGUGUUACGCUAGUGAACAAUUCAUUAGACACACUCAUCUAGAAUUGGGUCGUGAUCCUUUAUUUCCAGAGGGCUUGAAUGUUUCAGAGUAUGGAUUCUACAAGGUGUUCGUAAACGUUCCCCCGGGAGGCGGGCCCAUGCUGACAUAAUAGCAACAAGUUAACUAAAACUGGAAUCGUUGGACCAGGCAGGGUUGGUUCGAUGUGUAAGCAACAUAAGCAGUCGCCUAGGGCCCCCGAAAGGCUAGAGCCGGCACUGGGACCAGGCAACGUUUAUCCACUUCUCAGUUAACCAGAGUUAGUGAUUGUGUGCUCCCUAUAGCCGCUUUUUGUUUUUAGCUGAUAGGAGUGGAACCAGUGUGCUGGCCAUCGAUGACAAAUUCAUUCAACACAGCACUGUUCUAAUGUGCUGGUGUUGGCCUGAUAGUAGGCCGCCUGUUAGCUUACUCGAUAUUUGCCAUUCUCCUUUGACCUUUCUCAUCAGUGAGCUGUUUUCAUGCACAGGUGCCAGCUAACUGGAUAUUUUUAUCUGUCACAUCAUUCUCUGUAAAGCCAGACUCUGUAGUGUGUGGAAUCCCCACAAGUGUUCCCAUUUCUAAGAAGUCAUACCACACUCAGUCACUUAAGUUGCUUGUUUUUGCUAUUCUAGUGUUCAACUGUACUGUAACUGAAUGCGUCAAUGUAUGCCUGCUUAACUUAACAGGCCGCGGCCACGCCUGUUGGAGCAAUUCAUUUUUGGGAGCAGGGUGGUGCACAAACUGUCUGCUGAGUGAAUAAUGGUAGUGCUUUACCGGAGAUUGUGCAAAAAGAGGUUUUUCACUUUUUACUCUUUAAAUUCAUCCUAAAGUUCCUUCAAACUCCCCCAAGAAGCAUCACCUUUAUUACAAAAACACCCGGAUGGGGACAGAUCCGUACCAGUACUCACAUGAGAAAACUACAGUUUACUGCAGAAUACUGUAGGUACUACAUACAGUAUCAUUCUGUAUCAUGUUUUAGAAUACUACACAAUGACUGUGAUGCAUCCCUCAAUCGUGUGGGGUACUUCUCCAAAUCAUAUUUUAGUGUAGAAUACUAUAGAAUAUAGUACAGUAUCACCUGCAACAAAAGCACUGUUGUAAUAAAAGUCAGUAAUAACACUCCAUUCAAAAAAAACUGUCUAGAGUAUUUAAUUUGGGAAUUCCCCUCCCACAUAUAACAUUUCGUGCCACCGAGAAGUGAGAACUUUGCAUGCUAAUUACAGACCAUAGAUUGUGUUCCCUCCAGGCUUUAGAAAAUAAGAAGUGCUGAACUGUCUUACCUGCCUACAGGUUAUGGAGAGUGUAUGUGUUUCUCUAUUGCUCUUGUAGGUUUCCUUCAGUAGAAACUGCCCACUUCAAUGUUAUAAAUGAAAACAUGAUAGUUUAUACCACAGAAUUGUUGGAAAUACUAUAGUAAUGGCAUUAAAAACCGGGUAACUGGAACCCUGAAUGUGGAUAGGCUGAAAGCUGGGGGAGUUGUGGUGUAAUGCUACUGUGCAUUGUGUUUAAGAACAGCCCAUUGCCAUGCAAGUGUGACUGAAUAUCACAUCCCAUCAGACUUUACUGAAUGAGUAUUAUUGCAACAGUAUUUUUAUGUGGGUACUUCAACCUUCAAAUCCGAAGGGUUAGUUUAGUUUUGACCAUGUUUUUUUUUUUUAAGGCAAGCUUUAUCAAGCGCACUGUAUUUCAUAUCUGUGCGGGUAUUCAUUUCAAGUAAUCUUUUAUCCUAGUACUUAUAAUUUGGAUUGACAGAGUGUUUGUAAACCAUUAAGUAACACAACAGUGUUUGAUAUUAACCCUUCUCAAAAUCUGCUGCAUGAGUAUAAUAUAUUGCACUGGUCAGUCUAAAUAGACAGUCCUUUGGCUUGUCAAGCCUUUCCGUGCAGCCAAAUGGAUUGCAUUUCUGUAUGUUACGUACAUUUUAUAAAUGUGACAAUGACAGAAACAUUGAUCCUGCGCCAAAUCUUAAAUGGUUGUCCAGGCAAAAUCAUAAUCAAGAUUUUAUACCCAUAUCUGAAACUUAAUAAUUGCAGUAUUUGGUAAUGUUCUAAUGCAUAAGUGUGGCAGUUUUGGGGAAGCUGUAUCCACAUAAAUUAUUAGUUGAACUAUAGUUCACUACUGUUCAACACUGGUUUAGUCUUCUCCUUUUCUCAACCAGUUACAUUUCCACUGAUGUAAAAAUGAAUAGAGAUUGGAUUGAUGUCUGCUGCAACACUACAUUCACGAGGCAGUGUUAAGAUUUGAAAUGCUUUUUGUUCUGAAUUGUAAGAACCUGCUUUUUAUAUCUUGGAAAAAAGACGAGACAAAUGUACAGCACCUGAAGUUUUAUUUUGAAUGAAAAAUCCCCGGGGACUGCUGGGAAUGUUUGCUGACCUGCUGACUCACCAGGAUGUGUAUGCACUCACUUGUUAAUCAAUGCAAAUGGAAUAAUUGUCACCACGUCCAUGGAAUUGGAUGUAGUGGGUUGAGGACUGUAUUCGUAUUUGAAAUAUGAAUUUAUUAAAAGGGAAUUACUUGAUUCAAGCCUU